AUGACAACCGGACUCUUCAACUACAUCGAUCCGACAUCGAGUCUCGACGACAACGGAAACAGAGUCAAGCCCUGGGCUAAAGUCGACGUUGACCAGACUUCUUUUGAGCGCAGCCAGCACAAGCGCGACGUCGUGGACAUUCGCAACGCCGCUAGCACUACCGCCUUUGGUGUAGAUCUUUCUGGCUUCGAUGUCUUCAAGUCUCCCGCCAAGGAAACAGAGUUCACUGACGAUGCGGCUGUGAGGAAUGGCUACUACGGCGAAGUUGAAGCGCUGCUCAAAGAGAGGAUUCCUGAGAUCAAGAAGGUUGUUAUCUUUGAUCAUACUAUCCGUAGGAGGGAAAAGUCGAGUCCCAGACAGCCUGUGCAGCAAGUCCAUGUUGAUCAAACCCCCGGCGCUGCUGAAGCUCGCGUGAGGCGACACACCGAUCCUUCAGAGACAGAAGAGCUUCUCAAGGGUCGAUACCAAAUCAUUAACGUUUGGCGACCGAUUGGCCAUCCGGCAACAGACUUCCCCCUCGCAGUCGUGGACUAUCGCACCACAAAGCCAGAAGACAUGAUCAAAGUUGAUCUUCUGUACCCCAAGCGCGAGGACAACGACGAUGAUGAUCGUGGAAAGGAAGUCCUCCCUGAUGCAUCGACGCUUCGCUCAACGGAGGGGUAUCAGAUCAAGGGCGAGACGUAUUCUGUUGCGCCGAAUGACGGGCACAAGUUUUACUACGCGAAGGAUAUGACGCCUGAGGAGGUCAUGUUGAUCAAGUGCUUUGAUUCGAAGAGUGAGGUUCAUGAGGGUGGUCAGCAUGGGUUGGCGGGAUAUACACCUCACACUGCGUUCGUUGACCCUGCUACGCCGGCGGAUGCGAAGGGACGGCAGAGCAUUGAGGUUAGAUGCUUGGUAUUUUACUAG